GUCAGCCAAUCAGAGCCGCGUUCUCAUCGUCAACAGGAAGCGGGGGAAGCGUCCUUGGAUAUGUAGCUGGUGGAGAAGCUCUCGCAUCUUUCUGACUACAACAACUGUCAACUAAUCGAUAACGCCAAAGGGGCUAAUGAGUAAACGAUUAAAAGUGUGGAAGUAACCAUGAGUACAACAGCUCUCAUGGGAGGCCAGCUGAUCCUUGAAGAGGACUACGAUGAGAAUUACAUACCCUCUGAACAAGAGAUUCAAGAAUAUGCAAGAGAGAUUGGCAUUGAUCCCGACAGCGAGCCGGAGCUACUGUGGCUGGCCAGGGAAGGUGUCGUUGCACCAUUGCCUCCCGAGUGGAAGCCUUGCCAAGACGUGACGGGGGAAAUCUACUAUUUCAACUUCUCCACAGGACAAUCCACCUGGGACCACCCCUGCGAUGAGCACUACCGCCUCCUGGUGGCCCAGGAGCGUGAGCGCACCCAGCUCACUGCAGCUGCAGGAGGCAUGGGGGCAAAGAAGGACAAGGACAAGAAGAAGAAGAAAGAAAAGAAGGAGAAGAAAGAGAAAAAGAAAAAGGAGCCAGUAAAGACUUCUGGAGCACUCACUUCAGCCUUGGGAUCCUUACCGUCUCCCCUGGGCGGCCUGGCCCCUCUGAGAGGUCUGGAUGCCUCUGGCCCUGGCCCACUCUCUGGAUCUGCCCCUGCUCUUCGAGGGUCCCUCAGCAGCUCUGGUGGGCUGGAGCCCCUCAAGACUUCCCUAAGGGGUCCUAGAAGUAGUGGGACAUCUAGUGUUUUUGGCAGCAGGCAGAAAGAGAGGGUGUCCCUUACUCUGCCUGAUUUUGAUGAUGACGAUGAGGACGACAAGCUCUCAGAAAAUGAGCUGAGUCCUCGCGGUUCAGACAGGCUGUUGAAGAACCUUCACCUGGACCAGGAUGACCUGGGAGGAGGCCUUCAGUAUGAGAAACACCUCCACCUGUCCGCACUUGCGGGCAUCCAAAACCAUGUCAAUGAGGAGGGGCAAGGUCCUAUCAGCCCUGAGCCUGGAGACUCUGCUGAAUACUCAGUACAGGAGGUAGCAGAGGAUUUGAAUGAAGUGGAGGAGGGUGAGGAGUUGGAAGAUGGGAAUGCUCAAGAAGAAAGGGGAGAGGAUGAAGGAGGAGGCUUAGUGGAGGAGGGAGGCAGGAGUGAAAAAGGGGAGGAAGGAGACGGGAAAAGCGGAGAGGAGGGGGAUGAGAUGAAGGAAGCUCUCAAAAAACAGAUAGAGGAGGAGGAGGCGGCAGGGAGUGGUGAGGUAGAGGAGGAAUGCUGUGAAGGUGAGGAUGAAGAGAAAAAAGAAGGAGAUGGCAGAGAGACAGAAAAUAUGAGGUGCAUUAGGAAGGAGGAGGGAAAUGAGGAAGAGGAGAAUAUGGAUAGCGAGGAGGCUGUCGAGAGUUUAAUGGAGGAGAUAGAAGAGAUGCAUGAAGAGGUGCAAAAAGAAGAAGGAGAACAGGAUUUUGAAGAAGACAGCGAUGCAAAUGUGGAGAAUUUCUUUAAAAGUGAUAAGGAUGAAGGGAGCAAGGAGGACAAAAAUGACAAAUGCAGAAAAGAGCUGGGGGGAAGCAUAAUUGAUGAAGAGGGGCAGAGUGAAAGUAAAGAAGAAGAGUCAGAGAAGGAAAAAGAGGAGGAGGUUGGUGAGAGCGAGGGAGCUUUGGAUAGAUGCUCCCUGAACAUGACAGGGAGUGACACGGACAAUGUAGAGAAAUGUGCGCUGAGCGAAGGAGAAACCGAGGAAGGGAUGAACGUUGAGGGUGAAUCAGAUGCUCAAAAAUCUGCAGCAGCAUCGGAGAGUGAGGGGGACGUUGUGGAGGUUUUUAAGACGGAAACGACUGAAGUGCGAAUGGCAGACCUAGGCCGGAGGAUGAUGUUGAGUGACGUCAAAGCGCUCUCCCAAAAGAGAAAAACUCUGAAGUCAGAAAAAUGCCUCCUUCCAGAAGAGGAGUCUGAGACAGAUAAAAACAUUGAGGUGGAUUCAUCCUCCAUUGAUGUCAAGCUCUCAGAGAAGGUUCUGGACAUCAACGACCUGUCUGGUGCUAUCAGUCCACUGGAGAAAGAUUACAGUGAGGGAACAAAAGACAAAGAGGAGAAUGAGGAGGGAGCAAAGACGAAGGCUUCAGAAGCUGCCAACAGGUAUAUGCUAUCUAAAGAUAGAGGCAGCCCUUUAGCCAACAAUGUUGACAGACUUGUCCUCCACCAGUCCAGCCCUUCACCCUCCCUCUCUAGCCCCUCCCACUCAGAGCGAAGUGGCGAGCUCCGAACCAAAGCCUCUCUGGGACUCCAGAGGCCUGAAACCGCCAGAGGUCGAGCGGUCCGCACAUCCAACACCGAACCUGGAAAUGCUGAAACCCCCUUAAAGACCCAAGACAAACCAAUGGAUGAAGAGUCAAGCUGGAGAUUUAGGAAAGACAAAGAGGAGAAAGAGAGAGAGGAGGAUGAGGAGGGCACAGAGAGGGAGGAGAAGAGUCUUAGAGAAGAAAAAGAGAAGGAAAGGGAGAGGAGAAAGACUGAUCAGGAGGUAGAGGAGGAGAAGAAGGAGGAGAAGGGGGAGAAAGAGAAGAGGAUGCGUCUCCUCCAGGAGCAGCUGAGUAGGGAAGAGGCGGAGGAGGAGAGGAAUCUGAAGGAGGAGAGUGAGGAAAGACUGAGGGCUCUGCGGCAGCAUCUCCUGUCUAAGAGGAGAGAGGAGGAGACCAGGCUCACUGAGGAGUCUGACAGGAUGCUGGAGGAAACAAGAGAGUCUAUCCAGAGGGAGAGAGAAAAACAGGAGCACAAGCUCAGGGAGGAGAGCGAAGUCAUGUUGAAUGAUUUACGAGUGACUCUAGAGGAGGAGCGAGCAGCGGAGCGUGACACGCUGGAAGCCCAGAUGAGGCAGGAUGUUGAACUCUUUAAGGCUGAGCUGGAAAAAGAGCUGGAAGCAGAGAGGAGGAGACUCCAAGGAGAGCGGGAGGAGCGACUGAACUCUCUGAAACAGGAGGUCAAAAGCACAGAUAGGGGCAGGGAGCUGAUGAUGAGUCCACGACCCGAACAGCACCUGGCAGACUACCACCGAGAGCUCACUGGCGUGCUCCAGGAAGUGCGGGAGGAAGUGCAGCGGGAUCACGAGAGGAAGCUGGAGCAGCUGAGGGGAGACCACAGGAGAGAAAUGAACAACAUCAGAGAGAAUUACCUGGAUGAGGAGACCACAGAGAGAGAGCGCUUGCUGUCCACUCUGCAGGAGGACAGAGAGCGUCUCCAUGCUUCCCACGCUGUCCAGCUGGAGAAACUGCGGCUGCAGCUCAAUACUCAGAUGCAAAAGAUGCAGCUCACACACUCACGCAAGGAGUCAGAACUGCAGGAUCUGACAGAUCAGUUGGAGCUGAAAGCCAAAGAGCUAAAGAGCCAGGAGGACACGCUGCAGAUCAAGGUAGUAGAUCUGAAGAGAAGGAGGAAGAAGCUCAAAGAUGAAGAAGAGGAGGUGGACGCACAGAUAGAGGCCUUACCCCGGCUGAUCCAGGAGAGAGACCAGCUGAGGGUCGAGCUGGAGAGGAUGAGAGAGGAGAAACAUCAUGCCCGAGAACUCGUCCAGAGAGCCAGGGAGGAGAGGGACGAGACAAAGGAGGAGGAGGAGAGGCUGAGAGGGGAGAGGGACAAAGCCAGAGAUGAGAGCAGGAGAACGAAGGAGGACAAGGAGAAACUGGAGCGCAAGGUGAUGCUGCUCGAGGAGAGAUGCGACCGUCUCAGCCGCAGAGUCAGUGAGUUGGAGCAAGGUGAAGGAGCAAGCGCCACCUUCAGACAGGAGGCAAGGCAGGUCAAAAAGAAGGAGAUGACGGCGCCCUCCAGUGACAGAAGAGACUCAUCACUGCAUGUAGAGGACCUGGAUGACCUUCCUCUCUCCCCUGUACCCGACAGCCAGAGCAGCGUGGACGAGUUCCGACGCUACAUCUCCUCACACGGCGCCUCCAUCCAAAAAACCAAACUCUUCCUGGAGAGGGAGACGAGCCGGCUGAUGGAGAGACAGGCAGCUCUGCGGGCAGCCCAGACCGGCUCCUCCCAGGACCCCAACCAUAACACUGGGGAGACGGAGGAGAUGAUUAGAAGCCUCAUGCAGGAAGCCCAAAAAGUGGCGGAGCUGCAGCGGACGGUUCAGAGAGGGAACUCGCUCCUGCAGAGGAAAGAGGAGCAGCUUCAGCAGCUGGAGAGUUCGAUCGCUGAAGAGCCUCUGUCAGAGGAUCUGUCUCGGCUGGUGGGAGAGAGGAAGGUGACCUUCGAUCUUACCGAGUCGGACCUCAGCAGCACUGCGGACCCACCGGUCGGGACAGGAGGUCAUCCCACAGUCCCAGGCAAAGUCCAAGAGUUAGCAGAAUCCCUGCAGCAGAUCUCAGGCCAGCUCAACACUGUUCUCAGUGCACUGGGUUCAUUAGCUCAGUGGCCACAGAGUGCCACACCUUACACAGCCUUCACUCUGCCUCUGUCUCAGCCUCUCUCCGUCCCAGCUUCCACUCCCACCUCUAAUCCAGUCACGUCCCACAUGCACACCCUGGGCCGCAGCUCCUUAGCCCCACCUCCCCCCCUUAGGCUCUCGGAGCCUUCGUGGAACUGGGCGACUGGGAGCUCUCCAGCCAACGCCCUGUACAACGCCCCCAUCAGCAGCAGGCUGAGGGCCUCUGAGGACCUCAUCAACAGCCGGUGGAGCCAGAUCUUUCCUGGUGCAGCUGUGGACCCAGUUGCGUCCAGCACCAUGAGGACCAGCUCAGCCUACUCAUCUUACACUCCUGUUAGUGAACACACUCACGGCCUGCGGUCCAUACAGAAGUCAGUAGAGAUAGAUGGUCAGAGGCUACAGGGGAUGAUCGACGGCAACAAAAGGUGGCUGGAGAUGCGCAACAAAGACCCCAGCAUACCUCUCUUCACUCGCUAUCAAGCUCCGUCCUCGAAGAGCAGCCUGGUCCAGCUGGGCCUGGACGAUAACAACCAGAUCAGAGUCUAUCAUUACUGAGGACAUUAGGACCAGUUCAGUCCUGUUGUACCGUGUCUGUCACUGAGGACUUUGACUGACUUUAAUGACUGUGUCUGCUUUGAGCUGUGACGUUUACAUGCAGGGCCUCACAUGAGGUUCCAGGUUUCAGUGUAAAGGUUUUCAGGGAAAGUCCGGCCUUCUCUGGUGUGAUUGGAGGAAGAGCUGACAGAAGAGGAUGUGGUACAUUCAGGGAGCCACAUGUCACAGAGGCCUGAGGACUUUAUCCCCCUGAUUAUAUAUGGCUUUGAGCAUCGGACCACUUCUUAAAACAUGUUUACAGAUCUUAGCUUCACGCCAGACCUGGGCCAAAAACAUUUUAAAUGUUCAGUUCACAACGAUGUCAAUGACAGAAUAUUCGGAGAAAAAAUUCAAUUUUGACAAAAAUGUAAUAUUAUAAGAAUAAAGUUAUAAUAAUUCAAGAAAAAAGUAAUAGCGCCAAUGUUGAAACGAGGAAUGUAAGCAUGUUGUUCAGUUAUAUUUUAGUAUAAGAUUCACAAACUAAAUAUUUAAGCUUUUGGCACGUCAUUGUCACGCAGUGUCAAGACUUUGAAGAGAUUUUACAAGAGAAGUGUUUUUGUAGUUUCUCAAGAAACUUACAGCGAGUUUAAUAUUUCAUAAACAUAUUUUUUUAACCUUUUCUCGAAAUAUUAUGACUUUAUUCUCACAAAUCUUUCUCUGCCGUGGAAGUCAGAUGGGAGUUGGUUACUGAAUGUUGGACAAUCAUAGAGAAUCAUCCUCAUGUCUACAUAUGAAAAACGUCACACGUCUAAUAAUACUUUACUUUUAGUUUACAUGUCUUCACCUCUCAAACAUGGAUCUAGCUCAGCAGGUGUCGUGAGC